AUGAGUUAUUAUGACAAAUGUGCCGGUCAUGCGUCGUCUGACAGUAUUUCACCUAAGGAAACCGAGAUUCGAAAUUCAAUAUUAUCAUACACAACCUACCAUGAUAGAGAAUUGGCAAAAAAAAGAUCAUCAAAUCAACUCUACGGCUACGACGACACAAGUAUUUGGUAUAAGAAAAAAGGAGCAUGGAUAUGCGGCGGAAUCCUUGCCAUAGUCCUUGCCAUAUUAAUUCCAAUUAUUUUGUUCGUCAUUUUCCCCGCGUCUGUUCAGCGAGCAGUUUAUAAUGCGAAUACGACGUUUGACUCGUUAAUGAUCACUACAGAGGGUGAGAAUCAAUUCCAUUUAAACAUGAACGGAAGUAUUACAAACGUUGGACAACUUAAAGCGGUUGUAUCUUAUCCGGAGCCGGCUGAGGUGCAUUGGAACGGAAAUAAACUUGGGACAAUAAGUUUACCGGAUAUUUUGAUUAAUGAAGGAAAUGGAAAACUCGAUAACGAUGGAGAUCUCAUGAUCACUGAUCCAGAUGCAUUUGCUAAUUUUACAAGGGUUCACUUGACUGAAGAAACUUUCACUUGGACUCUUAAAUCGAAGAUUAACGUGCAAGUAUUGGGUAUCGUCAAAAAGGAUCUUUAUCUUGAAAAAGCAAUCACUCUUAAAGUUAUCUCGACAAGUCUUUAUAAUCCUUCGCCAAUUGGCAUACACAUUGGUACUCUCAAUCUAAAUAUUUCCAUUGAUAAAGCGUCUAUCGGUUCAGUAAACUCAGUUGACAAAAAUCUUACCAUAUAUCCCGGGUAUAAUGAAAUGAAUUUCAGCGGAAUCGUAGACAUUGAACAAACUGAACAAGGUUUACAAACAUUGUCUAAAUUUAUACAAGAUUACACAAAUAAUGUUGCAAUCCCCAUCACAGCAACCGGCGCUUAUAUGAAUGGUAGUGAUCAAACAUUUGAGUUUACUGCCAGUGUCCAAAGAUACAAUGGACUGUCUAUAGCUUCAGCUCUUAUUCAAUCCAUCACACUUUCAAAAGCAUCGUUAAAGUUCAACAAAUCUGAGGAUGGUUUGACGUCAUUUAUAUCUGCAGAAAAUGCCAUAGCAAAUUACCAAUUCCCCUUCGAUAUCCCCUUUAAAGUUUCACAAGUCAAGCAAAACAUUGCACUAUGGUAUCAUGAUGUUGCAUUAGCAGCUUUGGAAUCACCAUGGGCUCAAGCUUCCAAUGACGAGAAUAAAAUUCACUUGCCAAUUCCUCCAAGUCCAUUAAAAAUCAUUGAUGGACAACAAAAAAAUUUUGGAAAAUUUAUUGCUGCGUUGGCGUCCAAAGAUAAUGUUCCUUUUGAACUUCGUGGGAAUACUGAGGUCCGUGCUAAAACUGGGAUCGGAAAUAUCGAAAUAAAGGGUUUUGAUUUUAAAGCAUCUUCUAACUUAAAAGGUUUUAACGGAUUAAAUUACGUUGUUGGUGGUAAGGGACUCGAUGCAAGUUUAUCCCAACCAUCCGAGCUAAUUUUAGAUUUCAAGAUCACAUCAAAUGGCAGUAAAAUUUCAAGUGAAAAAUCUCUUAUCGAGAUACUUAAAACUACCGGAAGUCCAAUUAUUCAAGGAUUAAUUGAUACAGCUAAAUUAAGUUUCGAUAGCAUCAUGCUCACAAAUUUAUCCGACACCAAAUUCAACUCUGUAGUAAAAGGCAAAAUCUCAAAUACUGGUCCAGUAGCCGCAGAAAUUAUAUUUACUAAAGAAGUAGUGGUCUCUUCAAACGGCAAACAACUUGGGUUUAUGCACAUGCAGCCAAUUAAAACAACAGCUAAUGGUUACGGCUCAUUAAAUUCGACUAUUACAUUCACAGUCACAAAUCCAGAUGCACUUGAACAAUUCACUGAACAACUUAUUGGCAAUCCGAGCGCAAAAUUGGAACUCUCUAGCACAGGACUUAUUGUUAGUGUACUUGGUGUUAAUUUCACAGAUUUGACUUUUAAUAAAGAGGUGCUGUUGAAAGGGUCUAAUGGUUUCAAGAAUGAUGUGAAAAUUCUGGCCUUUAACCUUUCUGAAAGUGCGUCCGAAGGAGGUAUGGCAAUGGAAGCUCAGACAGCAAUUUUCAAUCAUGGACCUGUUGGAAUUGAUGCUGGCGCUUUAUCCUUCAAACCGGUUUUUGAAGACGUUGAAUUUGAACCUGUGUCUGCUUCUAACGUGAUACUUCAACCUGGAUCAAAUAAUAUCUUGAAAUUGAAGGGAAGAAUCACAAACAAAACUAAUCCUCGUGACGUCGCUGCAAUCUCGAAAUUAUUCAGUUUAUUUGCCACCGGAACUCCAAUCACAUUGCAAACAGUCGUCACUAACGCAACACCAUCUAGUGGGUCAUGCCAAUGGCUCAGUAAGGCACUUAGCAAGCGCUCACUUGAUGUCGUUUUAAAAUCGUCUCAGCCCGACUUGAUUACAUUCGUCGAAAUCAAAUCAGCCAAUACAACAUUUACCACCAGCACUGCAUACAAACCUUUACUCUCUUCUGACAUUGUCUCUGGAUUCUCCAAUUCAUUUGGUGUUCCAAUCGAUAUUUUAGCAAUUGAGCAAUCGAUUGAUGUAUUCAAUAAUCAUGUUAAUAUGGCCAAAUUGGUUGUGCCUUUAACUCCGGUAAAGACUAACGUAAAGAAACAAACUAUGGAGGUUGUAUUUAAAGAUGUGCCAUUAGUUGUUAAUAGUGGACAAAAAAGCAACUUUAAUGAAUAUAUAAAGGAGAUCACUCUUGAAAAAUCAAAGGAACUUCAGUUUAAAGGAAUAGCAAACAUAACUGUAAAAACGCCUGCUGGUACUUUUAACGUAACAGGCGUCAAAUUUAAUGCAAAGACAAAAGUAACUGGCUUCCAAGGUUUUACCAAGAAUCCAGUUUCAGUAUCGGACUUGGACGUAGUUUCCGGCACACCUACCGCCCUUUUUCUAAAUGUAAAAACAUCCCUCUUUAAUCCAUCCAAUUUCGCAAUUAAAGCAGGCGACAUUUCAUUCCUCUUUUCAGCAUCUAAUGCAACACUAGGCACUGUAAAUAUCAAAGGACUCUCCAUGUUACCAGGAAAAAAUUCGCUUAAUGCAGUCGUCAAUUUCUCGCCUAAGGCUGCUGAUGUCUCGGUAGCACUUAACUUACUAACCAACUUCUUAGAAGGUGUUGACCAAAAUGUCAGUAUCUCAGGGUCCGAAAAUUCAACACCAAUCGAAAGUCUUCAAGAAGCGUUUGCUGGAAUUAGUUUGAACACUAAAUUCCCUGGAAACAAGAAACCAUUGUUGGUUUCCACUUCAUUAGGUUUCAAUAAGGAUACUUUAACGACGGGAAACGCUACCGGAAGUGUCACCCUCUCAAAUCCAUUCUCAGCUUCAAUCACAUUGCUUACCAUCAAUUCUAAUGUCACAUUCAAAGGAAUCCCAUUAGCGACAAUCAAUAUACCGAAGCUUCCUAAACCGAUUACUAUUCCUGGAAAAGUCACCAACUUUGUAACCAAGCCAUUACCAAUCAAACUUAAUUUAGACCCUUUGACUAUUUUGAGAGUAAUUAUAUCGUUGUUUGAUGUCAACCCCUCUGAUAUUGGAAAUAAGAUUUCAUCGCUUAAUAACACCAUUCCUGAGCUUGGAGACAUAAUUUCAUCGCUUACUAGCGGCAUUAUUGAUAUUGAAGAUAUAUUUUCAUCGCUUGAUAACGGCAUUCCUGAUGUUGGAGAUAUAAUUCCAUUGCUUAAUAGCAGCAUUCCUGAUAUUGGAGAUAUAAUUCCAUCGCUUAAUAGCAGCAUUCCCGAUAUUGGAGAUAUAAUUCCUGAUGUGGUUUCAUCUCUUAUUCCUAACAGUGGUGGCAGCACUUCAGUCUUCAAAAAACGUGCUGAAGAACCUUUCAGUUUUUUGAAGGUUGAUAUCGCGUUGACUUCUUUGGCCUCUAUUGAUCAAUUUCUGACAAUAUUGAAUUUCACACAAAAAGAUGUGCCCGUUACAUUUGACGGUUUGAAAUUGAACUUGGAUGAUCCCAUUUUGAAAGCUUUAUUAAAAUUGGCCAGUAGCCUACUUAUUCAGCCAAUUGUAGAUGGAAGCGAGUUGACCACGACCCAAGUAGACAUUAAAAAUAUUAGAGCAAGUUCAUUUAUUGCACAUUUAAAAGGAUCAAUUACUAAUACUGGGCCAAUUGACUCAGAAAUCUCAUUCCCAACUGGUCUCCAAGUAGCAUUUCAAGGUGUCGUACUUGGUAAACUACACCUGCCGCCCAUUAAAGCUGCAGCGAAUAUAGGUGCUACGAUUGAGAGUGACGCUAAAUUCCAAAUUGACGAUGUAGAAAAAUUCGCAGUAUUUACAGGAGAUUUGUUGGAGUCGGAUAAAUUUACUUGGGAUUUAUCAGCAAAUGAUGUUAACGUUAAAGUAUUUGGAAUAGACUUCAAUGAAAUUUCAAUAAAAAAAAGUAUUACCCUCAAUGGAUUUAGUGGAUUAAAAAAUGUGACAACAAAAGGAUUUAAACUUGAAGGCGCAUCACCUGACGGAAAAGGUCUAGCAUACAAGCUUACUACAGACAUCGUUGAUUCAUCAGACAUUGGAAUUGAUCUAGGAAAGAUCGUCUUCAACGUUAUAGCUGCGGGAGUCGUUCUUGGUCCAAUCAAAGCUAAUAAUGUGAACCUUGUUGCGAAAUCAGAAAAUCUAAUUCCAUUCAAGGGCGAAAUCGUUAAAAGUCCAGAAGUAACAAAGUUAUUGCCAAUAUUAAUAAAUGCACUUGCUACAGGUGCUGCACUUCCAGUUCAAGUUGUUGGGCAAAGUGUUAAGCCACCAGGUGCAAAUGGACCAGUACCAUGGUUAGAAGAGCCAUUCAAAAAACUCUCGUUAAAUUUAACUCUGCAACUACCAUCGAGCAAAACUACCGGAUCACCAGUCAAGAAAGUCCAAAUCACUGAUUUUGAUCUCGUAUUCACAGCCGAAACUGCGUUCUCUCCACUCGCGUCCUCAAGUGGAAUUGUGUCGCAAGUUGAUACAUCAUCGUUAGGCAUUCCAGUUACACUCAAAAAAGUUGCUCAAAACAUCGUGAUAUUGGAUGGAAAAUCUACUGUCGCAUCAUUGAAUCUUCCAUUCUCGGCACCGAAAAUUACACGGGACGGAAUUGCUGUAUCUUUCAAAAAUCAACACUUGAUCGCCGAUGAUUCUGAGCAAAAUGCUUUUGCAACAUUUAUCGCAGAAUUGACUCUUGCUAAAGAAAAGGAUUUCACGUUGGCAGGUACUCUUGGUCUUAUUGCUGACACUCCUCUCGGACAAGUUACUUUGAAUAACAUUCCAUUCUCUGCACCUACUUCACUUAAAGGCUUGCAAGGAUUAAAGAGUGCGCCUGUUACUGUAAGCAAUGUUGUCGUGCACGGAGGAACUAAAGAAUUCUUGGAUAUUGGUAUAACGGUUUCGAUCACAAAUCCUUCAAAUGUUGAAGUCGGAGCAGGUGAUGUUGCAUUAGAUAUAUUCUUUGGCCAAAGCAAAGUUGGACAAGCCAUCCUCAAAAAUCUCGUGCUAAAUCGUGGAGUAAACUCUAUCCCUGCUCAAUUUCAAUAUGCACCAACUGGCGACGCGAUAACUGGCGACGGAGCAAAUUUACUUGGUAAUUUCCUCGAGAAUAAAGAUUCGCAAUUAGUAAUCCGAGGAAGUCCUGCGUCAACACCUAUCAAAUCAUUGCAACCGACAUUCGCUAAUUUGGAAUUAAGUUCAUCUCUCCAGGGAAUCGAUAGUCCUUUAAUUCGUUCGGUGAACGUGUCGGUUAACCUCGCUACAAAUGCGUCUACAACCAGUUUUGUCUUGUUCAAUCCUUUAGACGCUGCAUUCGGAGUUACUGCCAUUCAUGUUAAGGCAUUCUUAUCCGGUAAAACAGAAUUAAUUGGAACAAUUGAUAUACAAAUACCAUCACCUGGAUUACCGGUACCAUCAAAGAAACCUACAACAAGUCCCAGUAUACCAUUUACCCUUAAAGUUGACCCGACUUCACUAAUUCCUAUUAUUGCUUCCCAUGGAGGUAAACUUCCAGUCGAUAUAAAGCUAAAUACUACUGCACUUAUUGGCGAAUAUUCGGCAACAAUAAAUUACGCCCAAAAUAACUUGCUCGCAAAUAUUGCAGUUACUUAA